CCCCCACCACAGCGAGGACACCCCUCUGCCAAAUACGUCCUGAGAUCUUCUGAGUCCAGCUCCAUCUUUUCCCUCACCUUCAGCAUUGUGGAUCUUCUCCAUCUCCUGAAGGCUGAACCUGUGUGGUCAUGCUGGUCCUUCUGCUGCUGGGAGCAACGUUCCUGCUCAGCUGCAUUGAUGCUCAGAGCGUCCGAGCUCGCCAUCAGAACAUGAAGGUUCGGAUCAACGCCACUGGUGACACCAUCGUCAUGAAGUUUGUGCGUUCGAGUGCGCCGCUGAAGCUGGAAGGUUACAUCUUGGGAUAUGGAAGCAGGAUGUUUUCCAGGCAGUUCAUCCAGCUGCCCGAGGGCGGACAAGCUUACGAGACUGAGAUGGACGCAGAACCGAAAUACCUGGUAGCAGUCCAACCAGUCCAGGUCAAUGACGUAAAGAAAACCUGCACAGGUAAGGUGAACCUGGAGAAGAUGCUCCACCUCGUCAUCACCACCGUCAGCCCCACGGCGGUGCUGCUGUCCUGGGGAAACCACCUGAAGACCCCCUAUGAAGGAAACAUCCUGAAGGAGUGCCUGGAGGACGGGUUCUACACCAUCCGCUUCCGGGAGAGGAACCGGGAGUGGAUCUACCAGACGUGUCCCACCAGCGACACGGUCAUUGACAACCUGAAGCCCAACACGCCAUACGAGUUUGGCGUCCGUUCCAACAAGGACGAGCGCAGCGGUUUGUGGAGCAAAUCUCUGUACCACAGCACCAGCAUGGGCAAUAAAAAUGUCAAGCCUGUCAAGAUGCGAAUGCUUCCCAGAAAGCCGACGAAAGCUGAUCCCUUCUUCCCACCUCGGCUUGCCUUGCUUAACGGUACGAGGCCUCGUUCCCCCUCUGCUGUUGGAGUCCACAGCUUUCCUGGAUCACAGCACUCCUUUGCAGCAGCACCCCACCCCCCACUGCCAAAAUGGAAACUGUCCCCCCUUCCAGAUCUUCUCAGUUCAAACCCCCUCCCUGAGCAUCCUGGAAGCAGGGUUAGAAACGACAGUGCCCGGCGAGGGGAGCAUCCCAGUCCGUCCCUCUCUAAACUCCUGCCGAACUCCACCCACUCUGCCAACACUAAAACACCCUCCAAGAACGGCUCGUCUCCUAACCAGACCACCAAGGCACCCUCUAGUGUCCCUGUGAAGCCUCCUAACUCUGCGGUUCUCAUCAGGUCACAGGUGGACUCGUCCCUCUUGAGGUCCGCUCUGGCCAAUGAGAGGGCCAAAGUUAACACCUGGGGUCAAAGAAACCUGGGCCUGGACCCUUCCACAGAGACCAGAUCCUCCAGGCCGACGUCCAGAAACCCCCCUUAUUCCUUCUCUAAUGGCCUUAGACCACCCCAAUCUUCCUCUAGAUCCAGUCCAUCCUCCUCCUCAUCGUCAGGGACACUUGGGGUAAACGGACAGCGGCACCGCGGCUUUUCUCUGCCCAAACAGGCCAUAUGGUCCAGACACCGACUGGGAUCUCCCCCUCACCCAGUCAUCAACACCAGAACCAACCAGGUGGCCAAACCUGGAGAAACCAACAAGGAAAACGUCUUCCACCGUCCUGACAAGCUGCACAUCUUACAACCCAAAGUCCUGCCGGUGACGUCCAAGCCCACCAAGCAGGACCGGAGGCAGAGCACAACCGCCACUCCAACCAGCACAGCUCCACGACAGGAAACCUGGGAGGAGUCCGAACUAUUCAAGUCGCAGCCCGCCUCAGAUUUGGAUGCCAUGGGGAAGCAACGUUACAUUGCUCCUCAUGUCAUCUACCAGACCGGUAAGAAGCCAGAAGAACCCUGCUCCAUCACAACCUCCCUCAGCUAUUUCCCUGAAGAAGAUCGUGGCGAGGCCAACGUGACGUCUCCUCCCAGGAACCCUCCUUCCAACCUCACGGUUGUGACGGUGGAGGGAUGCCCGUCUUUCGUCAUCCUCGAUUGGCAAAAAACAGACAACGAUACAACAGAGUAUGAAGUUAUUUCCACCUCUAAAGGUCCUGAUGGAGAACAGGUGUCUGUCCUGACCACCAACCAGACCUACACUCCUGUGGAGAACCUCAAACCUGACAGCACGUAUGAGUUUAAGGUGAAGCCCAAGAAUGAGCUGGGUGCAGGUCCUCCAAGUGAACCUGUGUCUUUCAACACAGAGUCAGCGGACCCACGUGUCAGCGAGAACGUUUCAGGAAAAGACGCCAUCUGGACUCAAUUUCCCUUCAAGACGGACUCUUACUCUGACUGCCACGGAAAGCAGUAUGUCAAGAGAACCUGGUACCGCAAAUUUGUUGGAGUCCAGCUGUGCAACUCCCUCAGGUACAAGAUCUACCUGAGUGACUCCCUGAACGGUGAAUUCUACAACAUUGGAGACCAGAGCGGUUUCAGUGAGGAUCACUGCCAGUUUGUGGACUCCUUCCUGGACGGACGGACUGGCCGGCAGCUGAGUGCUGAUCAGCUCCCCCCCAGAUCCGGGUUCUACAGGGCUCUGCGGCAGGAACCAGUCUCCUUUGGACCGAUAGGUGGACAUUCCCACAUCAGCUACGUGUCCUGGUACGAGUGUGGAACCCCCAUCCCUGGUAAAUGGUAGUCUGUAAAGAGAAUCCGUUAAGAACCGUCACCUGGGCUGGGACAUCAGCUAGGGGCUAAAGGCCAGUGAACCCCCCUGCAGUUCGUGUACUUAGAGCUGUAAAACAUGUACAAGACUUCAUCAGUGAACUGUAAACAGAAGACAUCUUCAGACUAUAGCGAGCGCGCCUGAUCUUUGUAAUUAUGGACUUGAGAGCGGCGUGGGCUCCUCAGACUCUCUCUAGAUCUGUUUACUUUGCAGUUCCGUGAUGGGAAGCUGGCCCCCUGGAGGAAUAUUUCCAUAAUGAGAUGUUAUUUAUCAGACACUCUUUGACACUUCACAGUGAGGAACAUCAGCAGCUUCAGCUUGUUUGAUGGUUUGGUGAAGUUCUAACAAACCAUCCAGCUUCUUGUUUCUGCAGGAGAUCAGCAGGCAGCUGAAACUCUGGGAGGAGGUGGUUUCAUUUCCACUCUGCAGAGGAGAACAUCUAAAUUCAUAGUGAAAAUGAAGGAAUGUAAUUUAAUCUCUUAACAUUUUUAUCUCAUGAACCUCCAAGUCAUUAUGACGAUAUACUGUAAAAAAAAAAAAAAAAAACUUUGGAGAAAGAACCCAUCAAAUUCCUGGAUGUUAAUUGAUCUUCUAACUGUUGGAGCCUUCAGCUCUGCUCUCUGGUGCUUUGUUCUCCUCUGAAGGUCAUCAGAGGUCCGUUAGACCUUCAGACAAACCUGCAGGUUCCUCUCAUACGUCUAUUUAUGGACAAACUGUCUUUUCUACGAUUAGUGUCUUUGGUAAUCUUCAUGGUUCUAUUUGGAUCAGACUUUUAGGUCAGACUUUUAGAUCUGACCUUUGGAUCUGACCUGGAUUGGUUCUGUCAGUUUCCCGUCCUGCUGGUCUGUGGUGGGAGGCUGUUCUCCACAUUCAGAAGGUCUUCCGCAGUCAUCCUGUAGCAGGACAAUCUUCUUGUGUGUGUGUGUAUUUUUAACAUCUGUUUUUUUGGGUUUUCUGGAUUUUAAGUAAUAAAGUUCUGAUUUCUUUUUUUAA